CAUCCCGGAAGUGUCUCGGGGCACUUCCUGAGACCCGGCCAACUUUGUGCUGCUGCCAAGCCCCAGCGAGCUACUGCGGCUAGGUUCCUCCGGGUGCAGAGGGCGUUAAAGGCGCGGUUUGUAUUUGUAAUGCAAGUGUGGUUAGGAUCUUCUCUUCGGACUGGUCAAGAAAGGGGAGGAAAGGAUGUCUGCUUUGGGGACUGCCGCUCCAUACUUACACCACCCAGCUGACAGUCACAGUGGCCGGGGCAGUUUCCUGGGUUCCCAGCCCUCUCCAGAAGUGACGGCAGUGGCUCAGCUCUUGAAGGACUUAGACAGGAGCACCUUCAGAAAGUUGUUGAAACUCGUAGUCGGGGCCCUGCAUGGGAAAGACUGCAGAGAAGCUGUGCAGCACCUUGGUGCCAGCGCCAACCUGUCAGAGGAGCGACUGGCCGUCCUGCUGGCGGGCACACACACCCUGCUCCAGCAGGCUCUCCGCCUGCCCCCUGCCAGUCUGAAGCCAGAUGCCUUCCAGGACGAGCUACAGGAACUUGGCAUUCCCCAAGAACUGAUUGGAGAUUUGGCCAGUUUGGCAUUUGGGAGUCAACGCCCUCUUCUCGACUCUUUGGCCCAACAGCGGGGAUCCACGCUGCCUCACGUGUCUUGUUUCCGGUGGCGGGUGGAUGUGGCCAUCUCGACCAGCGCUCAGUCCCGUUCCCUGCAACCGAGUGUUCUCAUGCAGCUGAAGCUCACAGAUGGAUCGGCACACCGCUUCGAGGUACCCAUAGCCAAAUUCCAGGAGCUGCGGUACAGUGUAGCCUUGGUCCUUAAGGAGAUGGCAGAGCUGGAGAAGAAGUGUGAGCGCAAACUUCAGGACUGAACCCUGGUACUGUGGGUGCUGAAGCUGGUACCAGAACCCAGCCCCACUGGUGAUGAGGAUGUAAGAACGUACUUUAAGUGAAUAGACAGCUGGGACUUUCCGGUUUUGUUUUAUGGGUAAACAGCUGGGCAGGGUGGCACACUUUAUAAUCUCAGCACUUGGAAGGCUGGCCUGGGUUACAUAGUGAGACUCAGUUUUGAAUUGAAGAGGUAAGGCAACUAUUAAAAACGUGUUAUUCUACCGGAGGAUUAAACCUACUUACCCCCUCCCCAGCUGUUGGUUUAUGCCCCUGGAUGAGGCCAUGUGGAGAUCGAAGUCCAGAUGAAGACCUCUUGCAACGUACAAAAAGAUUGCUCAGCAGACCUGAACUCUGCUCACUUGCUUCCUAAGUCCUGUGCUGCUAUGGACAUGUUGACUCUUUUGCCCUAAAUUCCCACUUCCCUGAAGCUGACAUCCUAGUGGGAAGAUAAGAGUGGGGAGACAUUAUAGAUACUAAAUAUGCAUUAAAUAAUGUUUAGCAUAUAUAACAUGAAAUACGUAUUUUAAAUAUUAAGACAUAAGAACAGGGCUGGAGGACUGACUCAGCAGUUAAAAGCACUUGCCCUUGCAGAGGACUUGGGUUCAGUUCCCAGCAUCCUCGUGGUAGCUCACAACCUUCUGUAUAUCCAGUUGUGGGGGUUUGGGGAGGUGAGGGUGUGAGGGGAGGGGGGAACCCAACACCAAGACAUCCAACACUGACACAUAUGUAUACUCACACACACGUGCAAGCAAAACAUUCAUACUCAUAAAAUAAGUCUCUAAAACAAAUAAUAAAACCACAUAUACGGAUUGUGACAAUUG